AUGUCCAUAAAAAGCAAACCCUUCCCCGCAAUAACCGGUAGCUGCAUCUGCACCACAAUCCGCUACCGCCUCCUAACCUCCCCCCUCUACUGCUACGCCUGCCACUGCCCCGACUGCCAAAAGCUUACCGGCAGCGCCUUCGGUCUAUUCCUAAGUAUAGAACGCUACAAUCUGCAAAUCAUCUCCCCCACAGCCCCUGUCUUCGUCAAACGCGCAAAGAAACCCCCGUCCAUAGAUAUCACAGCCGAGUGUCCCAAAUGCUCGGUGCAGCUGUGGUCACAUGGGGGGUUGGGAGAGGCGGUACUGGAGGUGAGAGUCGGAACGCUGGAUUUCCCAGCGCUGAUGCAACCUGAUGUGCAUAUUUUUGUGGGGAGUAAAGUUGGGUGGGUGGGGUUGCCGAAGGGGACGAAGGUGGAGGUGGGAGCGCAUGAUUUUAGGGAGGUGUGGCCGAAGAGUAGUUUGGAGAGGUUGGAAGUUUGUAUGAGGAGGUUUGAGGAAUCUAAGAAGAAGAGGGAGGUGGCUGGGGGUGGUGCGGUACCGGAAGUUGCUGAGGAGGUUGUGGAUGAUGGGGCUGGUGGGGACGGCGAGAAGACACCGACGGCUGGAGAAUUUGGGGGCGAGGAUGAUGAGGAGUUUGAGAGGAGGGUUAGGGAGACCGAGAGGGCGUUGCAGGAGAGGUUGGAGAAGCUGAGUUUGAAAUUGGAAGAGGGGGAUGGUAGAGAGAAGAAAGAGGAGAAUAGUGUUGAAUCGGCUGGUACGAAUGCCUGA